CAGCAGAUAGUCGAAUUUCACCAAACAAACCAUAACAUUCCCCGCGACCCACAACUCCACAUAAGCCACCUCGUAACACACAUUACGAAUUUUCUGCAGCCAGGGAGCGAGCGUGGGGCGCAGGCCGACCGGCGCACGCGCACCGCCAGUCCACCACGCGGAGUCGCGUCGCGCAGCUGUCGCGAGCCAACCGGAACACUACCCACAAAAUCUGUUCAUCACUCAAGUUCAAAGUGCAUCGACAGUGCGUGAGAACAAUAACCACAGUACUCAUAGACGCAUUACUUUCGACGAGUUCGUUCGCCUGGGACUGUCUACUGAGUACUGAGUCUGCUGAGCCUACUGAACUACCAGUGAGUGCUGAUCAGUGAUUUGACCAAGUGUCCCGUGAUAGUGAAGGUGUAGAACUUAGUAUUCACGUUGUUUUGAGUGAAAAUCGAGAGAAAUGAAGAUUCGAGAGUCCGACCGAGCUUGCACGAGACGCUGUAAUGCGUCGUAGGAUGCGGCCGCCACGCCUGCAACCGCAACCCCUCGCCCACCCGAUGCGCAGAAGCAAACCGCCAGACAGACACAAAUAAACAUUCUAACGAACAAAACAAACUAGUCCUAACAAAAAACCAAAGUUAAGUUCAAAUGCUGUGAUAGAGGCAAACAAUUUGAACUGUGAUAGAUACAAAACGAAAAAAUGGGCGUGCACGUACUUUUAGCGUCUACUGCCUUAAAAACUGUGAGCGUCACAAGCCUGUGGUUAAUCCCACUGUUGCUUGGAGCUCUAACGUACCACAAUUAUAAUUCUUACGACCCCGAAGCAAGGAUAUUAGAUAAGGAGCCAUUGAAGGAAUAUGACUUUGUCGUGGUCGGCGGUGGUUCGGCCGGAGCUGUAGUGGCGAGCCGCCUCAGUGAAGUCAAAAGUUGGAAUGUACUUUUACUGGAGAGCGGUCCAGACGAAAACGAGAUAACGGACGUGCCCUCGUUAGCGGGCUACCUACAGCUAACGAAGUUGGACUGGCAGUACAAGACAGAGCCCACGUCCUACGCGUGCCUAGGGUUUAAGAAGAAACAGUGCAGCUGGCCGAGAGGAAAGGUACUCGGCGGUUCAAGCGUGCUCAACUACAUGAUCUACGUCCGAGGCAACAGAUACGACUUCGACCAGUGGGAGUCGUUCGGUAACCCUGGCUGGGGCUACCAGGACGUGCUCAAGUACUUCAUCAAGUCUGAAGACAACAGGAACCCCUACCUAGCAAAAAGCAAGUACCACGGUCGAGGAGGAUAUCUCACAGUUCAAGAAGCACCAUGGAGAACUCCACUAGUCGCAGCUUUCGUAGAAUCUGGAGUAGAAAUAGGAUACGACAACAGAGACAUAAAUGGUGCUGUACAAACAGGGUUCAUGAUCGCACAAGGUACGAUACGACGAGGCUCUCGAUGCAGUACCGCAAAAGCUUUCUUACGACCGGUACGAACGAGGAAAAAUCUAGACAUUUCUUUAAAUUCACAAGCUACUAGGAUACUCAUCAAUCCCGUAACGAUGAAGGCUUACGGGGUGGAGUAUGUGAAGCAUGGAGUAAAACGUACAGUAUACGCAAGAAAAGAAGUGAUUCUAUCAGCUGGUGCCAUCAACAGUCCACAGUUAUUGAUGUUAUCAGGUAUCGGUCCUAAAGACCAUUUACGUGAAGUUGGAAUAAAAGUGCUGAAAGAUUUACCAGUUGGAGAAAACCUGCAGGAUCACGUGGGCGUUGGAGGAUUAACGUUCCUUGUGGACAAGCCUGUUGCAAUUGUCCAGAACAGAUUCCAAGCUUUCCCUGUUACAAUGAACUACGUUGUAAACGAGAGAGGCCCAAUGACUACACUCGGUGGAUUAGAAGGGAUUGCGUUUGUGAACACAAAAUACGCGAACUCAUCUGGUUUGUGGCCUGACAUUCAGUUCCACAUGGCACCAGCUUCGUUUUCUUCGGACAAUGGUCAGAUAGUGCGAAAAAUCCUCGGAUUAACAGACGAGGUGUAUGACACUGUAUAUAGGCCUAUAGCAAACAAAGAUGCUUGGACGAUUAUGCCUCUGUUGCUCCGACCAAACACACGAGGCUAUGUGAGGUUAAGAUCUUCGAAUCCUUUCCACUAUCCUAUAAUGAAUCCUCGUUAUCAUGAGGAUGCUUUAGACGUCGCUCGACUUGUUGAAGGCAUAAAGAUCGCUUUACAAGUAGCUAAUGCGUCUCCAUUCAAGCAGUUUGGAUCUAGGUUGUAUAUGAAACCUUUACCGAACUGUAAGCAGCAUAAGUUCAUGUCGGAUGAGUAUAUUGAGUGUCAAGUGCGGACUAUUUCUAUGACGAUAUACCAUCAGAGUGGGACUGCGAAGAUGGGUCCUUCGUGGGAUCCUGAGGCUGUGGUAGAUCCUAGGUUGAGGGUUCAUGGUGUGGAGGGACUGAGGGUGAUAGAUGCUAGUAUAAUGCCUACUAUAGUAAGUGGUAAUACAAACGCCGCUGUUAUAAUGAUCGGUGAAAAGGGUGCGGAUCUAAUAAAACAGGAUUGGUUGAACAGAUGACGAUGAUAGUGGUUGAACUCUAGUGUACCUAAUAAGUUACCAGUAAUUUUGUGUAAUGUUAAAUUAAGUUCCAAAGAUAUACCAAUUCCUUCAGAAAUUGUAUUAAAUUAAAAGUCAUAGAGAGGCACAACAAUAAAGUUUAUCAUUGUCGAUUAAGCAAAAUUUUAUCAUAUAUCACAAUAGAUGGACAUCAAGUUGCAUGUUUCAUUUUUUUACCGUUGAAUAGUACCUGGUUAUCAUACAAUAUGUACUGUAUAUGUACAUACAUGGUGUAAAUAUUGUAAAAUAAUAAUAGUAAUAUAGUAGCUAGAACUAAAGAAUAAUAAUCCUAUUUAUUUACGGCUGCUUUCAAUGAACUAUCUGCCGAUAAUAAUUUAUCCAAUAGACUUACCGCCG